UACCAGUAGCUCAAUUUUAGGGUCUUAUUUCCAAUGAACAGAUCUGUUCGUACAUCAUGAGCACACCUCUGAGGGCAUAUAUAAGAGGAUCCAGGAAUCACUUCUUAAGACUCAGGAAGAGAAAUUCUCAUAAUGAUGCUUCCUCAAAACUCUUGGCAUAUUGGUUUUGGAAGAUGCUGCUUUCGUCAGAGUCUUUUGCCCACUGUGGUAGUUUACAUCCUGCUCCUGAAUUCCUGCUUUCUCACCAGCUGUUUUAAUGGAACAGGUCUGGAGUUGAGGCUGACUGGUGGAGACAGUAACUGCUCUGGAAGAGUAGAGGUGAAAUUCCAUGAAGAGUGGGGGACCGUGUGUGAUGAUGGUUGGACUACUGCUGAAAUAAUUGUUGUGUGCAAACAGCUAGGAUGUCCAUUUUUUAUCACCAAAUUUGGUCUCGGAAAUGCCAUGGCUGGACGUGGAAAAAUUUGGCUUGAUGAUGUUUCCUGUUAUGGGAAUGAAUCAGCUCUCUGGGAGUGCCAACACAAGGAAUGGGGAAACCAUGACUGUAGUCAUAGAGAGGAUGUUGGUGUAAGCUGUUAUGGUAAAGACAACCUGGGUUUGAGGUUGGUGGAUGGAAGCAGCCCCUGUUCAGGGAGACUGGAGGUGAAAUACCAAGGACAGUGGGGGACUGUAUGUGAUGAUGGUUGGGACUUGAAUGCUGCUGCUGUGGUAUGCAGGCAACUGGGAUGUCCAUCUGCUUUCUUUUUUUCUGGACUUGUUAAUAGCCCUGCUACAUAUAGCCCCAUUUGGCUGGAUAAUAUUUCCUGUAAUGGCAAUGAGUCAGCACUCUGGGAUUGUGGUCACCGUGAAUGGGGGAUACAUGACUGCCAUCAUAAUGAGGAUGCCACAUUGACUUGUUCUGAUGGUACUGAUCUAGAACUGAGGCUUGUGGGUGGAAGUAACCGCUGUGCUGGGAGAGUAGAGUUGAAAGUACAAGGAAAGUGGGGAACCAUAUGCCACCAUAACUGGAACAAUGUUGCUGCUAACGUAGUAUGCAAGCAGUUGGGGUGUGGAACAGCACUUCAUUUCCCUGGCUUGCCUCAUUUUGAAUCAGGGUCUGGUACUAUAUGGCUUGAUGAUGUCUCCUGCUCUGGUAAUGAAUCUCUUCUUUGGGACUGCAGACAUUCUGGAAGGGUACAUUAUAAUUGUAUUCAUCAGAAGGAUGUGGCUGUGAUCUGCUCAGAUGGAGCAGAUUUGGACCUGCGAUUGGUGGAUGGAAGAAGCAAUUGUUCAGGGAGAGUAGAGGUGAGAAUCCAUGGACAGUGGUGGACAAUAUGUGGCUAUGACUGGAGUAACAAACAAGCCACUGUGGUUUGUAAACAGCUAGGAUGUCCAACUGAUAUCACUGGCAGUCUCUAUGCUAAAUCCAGUAGUGAAUCUAAGGAAAUUUGGAUAAACAGCAUAUCUUGUACUGGAAAUGAAUCAGCUCUCUGGGACUGUGUGUAUGAUGGAAAAGCAAAGCAAGCAUGUGUCCGAAGAUCAGAUGCUGGUGUAAUCUGUUCUGAUGAGGUGGAUCUGGACCUGAGGCUUGUGGGUACAGAUAAUCACUGUUAUGGGAGAUUGGAGGUGAAAUACCAAGGAGAGUGGGGGACUGUGUGCCAUGACAAAUGGAGCACAAAGAAUACAGCUGUUGUGUGUAAACAAUUGGGAUGUGGAAAUCCUGUCCAUAUAUAUGGUAUGACCCAUAUUAUGGAAGCAUCAGGACCUAUCUGGUUGGAUGAUGUUUCUUGUAGUGGAAAUGAGUCAACUAUCUGGGACUGUGAACACGCUGGAUGGGGAAAGCAUAACUGUGUACACAGAGAGGAUGUGACUGUGACCUGCUCAGAUAAUACAAAGUGGAGCCUGAGGCUGAUAGAUGGCAACAGCCGCUGCUCAGGAAGACUGGAGGUGUACUUUCAAGGACAGUGGGGCACAGUAUGUGAUGACAAUUGGAGCAGUAAUGCUGCUGCUGUGGUGUGUGACCAGCUGGAUUGUCCAUCUUCUAUUAUUGGCAUGGGUCUUGGAAAUGCUUCUGUAGGAUCUGGAAAAAUUUGGCUUGAUGAUGUUUUCUGUGAUGGGGAUGAGGCACAACUCUGGGCAUGCAGCCACAGUGGGUGGGGAAAUCAUGACUGCAGUCACAGUGAAGAUGUUGGAGUGACCUGCUCUGAUGAAUCAGAUAUGGAACUGAGGCUUGUGGGUGGAGGCAGCAGAUGUGCUGGUAGAGUCGAGGUGGAAGUCCAGGGUGCCGUGGCAACUGUGUGUGCUACCCGCUGGGGAAUGAACAUUGCUGCAGUUGUUUGCAGGCAACUUGGGUGUGGCUCUGUACUCAGUAUCUCCAGAGAGUUUCAUUUCACUGGGAGAACAUCACACAUCUUACUAUCUACAUCUGGCUGCACUGGAAAUGAAGCCUCUCUCUGGGAGUGUGCCCAUUGGAAGUGGAUACAGACUACAUGUCUUUCUCAUACAGAAGCUAGUGUGAUCUGCUCAGUCCACAGGCAGCCCAGGCUGGUUGGAACUGAUAUUUCCUGUUCUGGACGUGUUGAAGUGAAACAUGGAGACACGUGGGGUUCUGUCUGUGGUUCUGACUUCUCUCUCCAUGCUGCCAAUGUGCUGUGCAGAGAAUUAAAUUGUGGAGAGGCCAGAUCUCUUUCUGUGGGAGCUCACUUUGGAAAUGGGAAUGGUCCAAUUUGGGCUGAAAAGUUCGAGUGUGAAGGGAAUGAAACUCACCUUGCAUUGUGCCCCACUGUGCCCCAUCCAGAAGAGACUUGUAACCACAGCAGAGAAGUUGGAAUUGUCUGUUCUCGCUAUACAGACGCCCGACUUGUGAAUGGCAAAUCCCAAUGUGAGGGGCAAGUGGAGAUCAAGGUGCUUGGAUAUUGGGGCUCCCUCUGUGACAGUUACUGGGACCUGGAAGAUGCCAAUGUCCUAUGCAGUCAACUCAGCUGUGGGGUUGCUCUCUCAACCACAAAAGGAAAAUAUAUUGGAGAAGGAAGUGGUCGUGUUUGGGGACACAGAUUUCAUUGCUUAGGGAAUGAGUCCCUUCUGGAUAAUUGUCAGAUGACAGUCCUUGGAGCACCUCUCUGUGCCCAUGAAAAUGUCAUCUCUGUGACCUGCUCAGGAAACCAGACCCAGCCAUUGUUUCCAUGCUCUGCAAGUUUAUCUGACUUAUCUGUGUCUGUAGUCCCAGAAGGUAGUGAUUUCAUCUGCUCAGAGGACAAACUGCUCCGCCUGGUGGAUGGGGGCGGUCGCUGUGCCGGCAGAGUGGAGAUCUUUCACCAGGGCUCCUGGGGCACCAUCUGUGAUGAUAACUGGGACCUGAGUGAUGCCCACGUGGUGUGCAGACAGUUGGGCUGUGGAGUAGCCAUUAAUGCUACCAAAUCUGCUCACUUUGGGGCUGGAUCAGGGCCUAUCUGGCUGGACGACCUGAACUGCACAGGAAAGGAGUCCCACGUGUGGAAGUGUCCUUCCCGGGGCUGGGGGCAGCAGGACUGCAGGCACAAGGAGGACGCAGGGGUCAUCUGCUCAGAAUUCACAGCUUUGAGGCUCUACAGUGAAACUGAAAGGGACACCUGUGCUGGGAGGUUGGAGGUCUUCUACAAUGGGACCUGGGGCGGCGUGGGCAGGAGAAUCACUGCCGUCACAGCGGGGAUCGUAUGCCGGCAGCUGGGCUGUGCAGAGAAUGGAGUUGUCAGCCCGUCCCCUUCGUAUAAGACAGGCUCUGGCUUCAUAUGGGUAGAUGACAUUCAGUGUCCUAAAAUGCAUAUCUCCAUAUGGCAGUGCCCAUCUGCCCCCUGGGAGAAGAGAAUAUCUAGCCCAGCAGAAGAGGCCUGGAUCACGUGUGAAGAUAAGAUAAGAGUCAGUGGAGGCGACACCAAGUGCUCUGGGAGAGUGGAGAUCUGGCACAAAAGCUCCUGGGGUACAGUGUGUGACGAUUCCUGGGACCUGGCAGAGGCUGAGGUGGUGUGUCAGCAACUUGGCUGUGGCUCUGCUCUGGCUGCCGUGGGGGAGGCAGCGUUUGGCCAGGGGACUGGACCUAUCUGGUUGGAUGACAUACAGUGCAAGGGAAAUGAGUCUUCUCUGUGGGACUGUCAUUCCAAGCCCUGGGGACAAAGUGACUGCGGACACAAGGAAGAUGCUGGUGUGAGGUGCUCUGGACAGUCGCCAAGAUCCCUUGAAGUCUCAGGUCACUCAGCAUUUAUUUUAUCUGGUAUCCUUGGGCUCCUCCUGGUUCUGUUUAUUCUAUUUAUUCUUGUGUGGUCUCACGUAGAGAAGAAAAAACAUCUGCUCAGAGUUUCAUCCAGAAGAAGAGAUUCUCUAGAGGAGGACCUAUUCCAUGAGAUGGAUACCUGCCUUACCAGAGAGGAUUCACGGCAGAUGAGCACUUCAGAUAGCACCUCCAUCCAUGGUUGUGCAGAUGUUGGCCACAUAACACUGCUGGAAGUUCCUCCUGUCUUGGAAGCCACAAAAUGAAUUUGGGCUUCCAAACCCACUAGAUCAGCUUCCAAAUGUUUUUGAAAGAGACAGCAAUUUUCAAAUGAGUGAAGAGGAAUUCAACUUACCCUGUGGAAAGUUGGUCCAAACAACAUUUCCUGAUCAAUAAGAGAACAGCUAAAUUGGUAAAGACUGGUGAUAACAAAAGUCAAAUUAUGUGUAUCACUGUUAUGGACUAAAUUUUUGUGCCCCUGCCCCAAAUUCAUAUAUUGAAAUCUUAACUCACAAUAUGAUGAUAUUAGGAGGUGAGGCCUUUGGGAAGUAAUUAGGACAUGAAGGCAGAGGCCUCAUGAAUGCAAUUAAUGCUUUUGUAAAAGGGAUCCCAGAGAGCUCUCACUCUCUUUUCACCGUGGGAGGAUACAAUGAGAGGUUGUCAGUCUACAGCCUGGAAGAGGGCUCUCACCAGAACCCGAGCACACUAGCACCCUGAUCUCAGACUUCCAGCCUCCAGAACUUCGAGAAAUAAAUGUCUGCUUUUAUCAGCCA